AGCCUCGUGCUUCAAACGUUGAAGUGACGUAUUUUAGCGAGUUGUUAAUUGGGGAAUAGAGUGUGGUCGAAGACUUCAGAUAUUUUUACGUUUCCUUCUAGACCAAGAACAAAGCCUACUGCGAAAAAGGUUCCAUCACGGCUAUGUCGAUUGCUUUGGAUCACGAUUACUGCUUACUGGUGCCGUCCGAUGACGAUUCCAAGACCGAGAUUUCGUCGUGUGUAAGCACAACGAAACCACGAAACCAGAGGAAAGAAGCAAUUUGUCCCAGAGUAGAUCCCGAUGGAGAGAUCUCGCCCAUUGGUGAAGCAAUAGAUUUGGAAACAUUAUCUAGUUCUUCCUCUCCUGCCCACAGUUCGGAUAGUGGAUUAGAUGCUGGUAUUGGAGAUUUCUUGUCCGAAUUAACUUCAUCUUGGGCCGAAGGAGACUUUGGAUUAAACGACAACGAUUUCAGGGAUUUGGAAGAACUCUUUAACUGUAACGAACAAUCAAAUAAACCACCUUGUACAAAACUCAGCCUUACAAAUCUUUCAGUGAGAGGGAAUUUUGGGAAAAGGCAGCGAACUUCCCAAGAAAAAGUUGAAGACGAAGAAGCCAUCGUCGAGAAAAACAGAAAGAACGCCAUUGCUGCCAAGGAAAACAGAGAAAAGAAAAAGAAAUACGUCGAAGGGCUUGAAAAAACUGUUUCUGAUUUGAAAGAGGAGAAUAAGACUCUUAAAGCCAAAAACGAAAGCUUGACAUCUGUUACAAAGAAGCUAGCGGAUGAGGUGCAAUAUCUACGAAAUGUCCUUGCUAAUGAAAGCACAAUUUCGCUUUUGCUUAAGAGCGUGGCGGCUACACCUGGAAUCUCAUUGUCUUCAUCGCUUGUGCAGUCGACGCAAAGUCCAGGUACCGAAAAGGAAAGCGACACAAAGGAGGAAGGGAGGCAAUAUGUGACCAGAAGCAGGAAGAGGCAGCCUGACGAGGAUAGGGGAGAUGCCCCCAGCAAGCGAAGCCGCUCAAAUACUGGUGGUGUGUGUCUUCAUGUGAGCGGUGGCAAGGUGUCCGUGGAAUUAUGUUCUAAGUGCGAGAAGAAAGCAAUGCAGGGUGGAGUUCUGUAAAGGAAACAAAAUGUCGGUAUCACAAAGUACAGGCCAAGUAUAUUAUCACUACUUUGUCAAACUGAGGUGUUCGAGCAGUGGAACUACGUAUAGAGAGGGAAAGAACCCUUAAGGUUAUGAGUUCCUGUAAUGCAAGACAGAAAACUGCUAUAAAAAGACAAAAGAAAAACCAAAAAAAGAGACGUACUUCAACGUAGGCUGAAUGUAAUCGUUUUGUCACUUUUGAGCAGCACGCACUCGUCGUCUUUCUUUCUUUUUCAGGUGCCACCAAACAAGGUUGGAUCAGAGGUUGAACUGAACAGUGUCACAACAGACUUCAUGAAAUGAAUGCUGCAUCCUGUACACUAUGGAGUGCUCUUCUGGACUACUGUUUGUAGGUAAUAAUGUUAAAAGUUAGUUACUAAGUGACUGCAGACAUAACUACAAAGAAGAAUUUCAAGAGAAUGAAGUCAAGAAUCAUUGUUGAUGAGCUUGUAAAGUUGAAGAACCAGCACUUAAUCCCAUGUCUGGAUUUUCAUUGAUUGUCUUCUAGAAAGAAAGAAAGAAAAAAAAAAAAACUGGUACAAAGUUUUAAUUGGUUUGGCCAAGUAAAUAUAAGGCCUUCAUUUCAUUUAUUGACCAAUUGUGGUAAAAAAAGACUAGGUUUUGUACAUAAAACCAUAGUAUCCCAGUACUUGCAUUAAUUUUUUUCUUAUACAGAAAUUAAGGGAAAUCUGAAAAAAAAAGGAAAAAAACGGUCAAAAAAGUUGUGAAGAAAUUUGUAAUUAAUGUAAAAACUAUUUAGUAGAAUUAAAGAAUUUAUUUUAUCAAG